CACGAAUCAAGCGCGCGGGUAAUUAGGUCAACCCGAUGACUGUUGUUUACUCUGCAAGAACAUAUUUACUUUCAACCUUAAUUUUGAUGAUUACUACUUGUUACAUGACAGCAUUUGCAAUUAAAUAUGUUAUUGCUGAUGGGCAAGGUCAGUAACUGUCAAAAAAACAAAUUCACAGAACCAGAAGCAUGAACCAAAAGCACGUAACUUCUAGCAUUAUUAACUUCAACAACACAGCAUUGUGCUUUGAUGUGCUGCCAACAGAGUGAAUAGAAGAAAGCAUUCAGUAACACAUAAAAACAAUCAAUUUAAAAUGACAGAUAGUUCAGUACAGCUCUGUGAUGAAACACCAUCAUCAGAUGAGGACGAAGAACUGAUUUCUUAUCUUCAGACUCCAAAAUAUAGUUUUACUUCAGUUGAUAAAAACCCUGCAGCAAAUGUCAUCAAUAAGCUUGCACAAAACACGUAUAAUUGUGAAACGAAAAGCUCUAACUCCAAUAUUGAUGGCAAGGCACAUAUCUUAAGGGAUCCCAAUGUAAAUAGUAUGGACACUGUUGUUUUGAAUUCUGAUGAAAAGCCUUUGGAUGAGCAGAAUAUGAACAAUGAAGUUGUAAAUUAUAAUCUUGUGUCAUGUGCUGACAGCCGAAAUAUAGAGCAAAAUGGAGAUGAGACCAACAGUUAUGUGCCAGAAAAUUUUGUAACGGAUGCAAGUAUUGUAACCAACAAUCAAACUGAAGUAAAACCUUUCCUAAGGCCUGACACUACCGUCUCGAAUCUGAUACCAGAAACAUGUGAAAUACACAGGUUAAGUGACAUUGAAAAAACUUUUUUACAUUCUGCGAUCGAGUUGAUGUCACAAUUAGGGAAAACUUCAGAGAGUGCUUCCAAAGAGGAUGGUGACUGUAGCAGGCUGCCAUCUGAUUUAUCUGUUGAAAUGGAGCUUAAAUUAUUUCUGAACCAGGCUGAAGAAUCUGGUCAAGCUGGAAAAGAGAAAUACUUUAUUAUCACAGAACAUAAUUGGAGCGCUCUCUGUGAGAAAGUCCGGAGGAUGAUCAAUGUUCAUCAGGGGCAUAAGAAAUGUGCUACAAAAGAUGUUGGAACAGAUACUAAUAAUUUAGCAAUUGAAGAAUGUACAAACAAUACUGGUCGGUUUGUUCGAAGAAACAACAAACUUGUGUUUGAAAGGGUUAUUGGUGUCCCUGCACAUGAAAUAGAAAAGUCUGCAAGUGAUGAUUUUACUCCAAAUGUGCAAGUAUCAGAACAUCUUCAUGAAUACAGUUCAACAUCCCAAAUGAACAUAGACAGUAUUUUAUUAUCUGAAGAUCAGCAACAAGUAAUUCUGAAUGGAAAUAUUGAUGUAAAGGAAGCUUUUGAUACAACAAAUUGUCAAGUGAUUGCUUAUUCCACAAAACAUGAUAGUCAAGUAUAUGGCAAUAAUGGGACAAAAAUGCCCCAUGAUACAUGCCACUCUCCAGAAUUCACUGCUCAACCUGUUGUUUUUAAUAUUGAUGAAUCCGGUGAACUUCAAAUAGUAAAUUGUUCAAGUCCAAAGCUGUUGUUAAAUACAAAUGUGUCUAAUUAUAAUGAAACACAGGCAGAUAUAGAGGAACUUGUUGAAUCUAAUCUAAUACAAAGCUGUGACCUAUCUUCAAAUUUAGAACCAAUGGAAGAUGUUGAUUUAAAAAGAAAUGGCGAUUCUGUGAAAAAUGAAAAUUCCAUUAGCAAACAUCAUUCAAUGACUGAUAUUGAAAACCUAGUAAAAACUGAAACGAAACAGGAAAAUAAGGUUUCUAGCGCACAUUUUUUGUGCAAAAACAAGGAAAUAAAUACAGGUCAGAUCAAAAGAAAACUUGGAGAAGUGACGGAGCAGAAUUGUAUGAAGAGUGAUCAAACAAAAGUUAAGAUGUUGAAGACCACUCCAACUCAUACUAUCAAUUUACGAAGCAGGAAUUCAAAACCCAAACUGAUCUUGAAAAGAACUGAUUGCAGAAAUCGGGUGCAAAAGAGUAAAUCAGUGGCUUUAUCAGAAGCAAAAUUGAAACGUGAUGAAGAAAAGAUAAAGAUAACAGAUGAUUCUGGAGAUGCCAAGUUAGAGAGUAAACGUCCAAAAGUGGAAUUUAUUCAGGCAAUAGAACUUGAUUCUCAGCUUAGCAACACAAAUGGUAAGUUUGGUGAUGAAAUUAAAGAUAGAAUUAGCGCAGCUUAUCAAGAGGAAAAGGAAGCAAAUCCAGAGGAUUCAGAAAUUGACAUUGAAAGUGAUUUGGAAAAUUACUUUUCUGCAGUAAAGAGCUCUAAAGAGGCUUGUAAAGAUUCAGUUGACACACAGGCAGAGUUAGAUUGUAUUGAUGACAAAAAUUAUCCGCCAACGAAGAAGCAUGCAAAGAGUGGAAAUAGAAAAAUUGCUCUGCCAGUGGGGAAGCGUGCAAAAAGUAAAACAUCAUUUGAACACAAAUCAAUUAUUAAAAAAGAUAGUACUAAAAAUCUAAAACAAUUAUCUGAUUCAGGAUUGGAAGAGGAAGUUGAGUUUAGUGAGGGUGCAACUUCAAUAAAACAAGAAUUAUUAAAAAAGAAAACUUUUAAGUCCAAACAUGGUAAAAUUGUAACGACUCGGAGUAGAAUGAGAAAUGAAAGGAUACAAAAUAAGAAAAUGCAAAAAUCUACAAAACAAAAUAAUGAAGAAAAACUAGGUUAUCAUGGAACCUCAAAGAAGAAAAGAACAUGGAAAAUACGUUUUGAAAAGUCAGUGUCAUUUGAAAAUGAUGAAGCUGAUGAAAAUGGGAGUGAUACUGUUAGUCCAACAAGGAAACAAAAGGCACUUUUCACUGGCUUGCUAAAAGAAGUUACUCAGAAUGGAAAACAAAGAAAGGCCAGCAAAGGCCAGAUAAACGAUUCAAACUAUGACCUCGGAAACUCUCAAGAAGGAAUGGUUACAAUUUCUCAUGGAAUUACAUUAAAAAAUGUAAGUAACAUAGAAACAAAAAACAAAUCUGCUUCAGCUAGUAAAGAUGAUUGUCAAACAAAACAAACAUGUAGAAUAGAAACAGCCGAGGUCGAUGGCAGGAAAAAGAAAACUCUUUCAGAUUCACAGUCAGAUGAAAAAAGGAACACAAAAUUGCCAAAAAUAAUGAAAUUGAGGAAGCAGAGAAUAAGAUAUGAACAGAAUAAAUGGAAAGAAUUGCUAACAUGUGAAAUGAUGGAUAUACAGAGGGAUGUGGAACAACUUGACCAUGACCUUAAAGGUCCCCUGAAUGUUAGAAAAGUUAUUAAAGGUAUUCUUAAAACAGCAAAAUUGAAAAGUAAACAGAAUUUAAAGCGUGACUCCAAAAGCAAAAGUGUUUCAAAAAGGGAAGUCAGCAAUCAACUUGAAAACCCCAAAAGUGUUGGUAUGGAAAACAAUAAACAAAAUGAAAACUUAAAAGCUGUAAAGAAACUAACUAAACAGAAACGGUCAAGUAAUUCUAACUCUAUAGUAUUGGCAGGAGAUAUCCCUGAUAGACUGCAUAAAAGAAACAAUUUUUCCUUGGAAGAGAAGCAAGUGUGUGCACCCAAAAGUAAAUGUGAAGCAAACGGAAAUUUGAAACUUGAAUCUCAGUUUGAAAAUGACAAUGACAGUGUUCUAAAACCCAAUUUGUCUAAUGCAAUAUCAGUGUCUACCAAACCCGUGAGUGAUAUUGGUUUGUCAGAUGAGAAGGCUAUGUUUGAUAACAAAAAAGUCUGUUUUGAAAUUCAUGAAUCUCCAACAAAAACUGGCAUUCAGGAAUGUUUUCAGCAGUUUGUGCUAAUUUCCCCCAAAGGCCAGUUAGACCAUGGGGACUUGACUUUGCAAAGUCCAGUCUUGAAUGUGAAGCACUUCUUGCCAGCAAAUACUGCUGUUAGCCCUAGUAAGGCUGCAGACAAGUUGAAAGAUUUGUUAACGAAAGCAACUUCAGUGCGAAAGAUUGUUUUGAACUAAUUUGAAUUUUUUUCAGACAGCAUUAGUUUCACUGAAAAAAUUCUUUUCUUUUUUGUCUUAAUGUUUCGUUUUAAUUGAAAUUGUGAUAUUGGUAUUGUAAAAAUUAAGUCUGAGAUGUGUGUGCCAUUAUAGUGAUACAGUACAGCCAACAUGGAACAAACAUAUUUUGUGAUCCGCGGCUGCAAGGCGCAACGAGUUGAUGCCGAGUUGGCCGUUGAAGCCGCGUCAGUAUGAGGCGGCAAGUCGCAUUUCGCCGCGAAGCUUCACAUCUGUCCGACGAGACAUGCCGAGGCAAGCCGCGACAUGACACGGAGUCUUCAAAUCAAAAUCUUUUUAAAAUGAUUAGUUAGUCAAAGAUAUUUAAAAGAAGAAUUAUAAUAAUAUUUAAAAUCAUAAUUAAUUUAAUGUGCGCGGAUUCAAAAUAGAUAAACUAGUUAAUAAAAAAGCAUGAAAUAGAUAAACUAGUUAAUAAAAAAGCAUGCUGUUGUUUUGUUUUUAGUGAUUGCAUUCCCGUUUCUAAAGAAAUUGCUGUCAUCCAGAUAGAAAUAAUUAUUAUUUCAAAAGAAUGCAAAUAAAAAGAUCGAAUUUAUAAAAACAAAAUAUGAUUAUCAUGGGCAUGUAUUAAUAAAAUUCCAAUAAUCAUUUGCCAUUGUCAUUUUUAGAAUCGGCUAAAGUACUUUAAGUUACUUUGUGUGCGUUUAUUGUGCCGUAUGAUUGUUGUCUUUAUAUUAAACAAUCAACAAACAUAUUUGUUUUGGGUUUAAUUUUUACGACAUGUAUUAGCAUAUAACAAUGUCACGUAAUUAUGUUUUGGCAAAUACGAGUGGUCAAGACUCCAGCAGGUGGUUGAUUUAUAAUUGCUUGUUGUUUUUAACCAGGUUUUUUAACCAGGUUUUCCGAAGGAAAAAACUGGUUAUUAGAUUGGCGAAUGCGGGCGGGCUGGCUGGCGGGCGGGCGGAACAAGCUUGUCCGGGCCAUAACUAUGUCGUUCAUUGUCAGAUUUUAAAAUCAUUUGGCACAUUUGUUCACCAUCAUUGGACGGUGUGUCGCGCGACAUAAUUAUGUCGAUAUCUCCAAGGUCAAGGUCACACUUUGAGUUCAAAGGUCAAAAUGGCCAUAAAUGAGCUUGUCCUGGCCAUAACUAUGUCAUUCAUUGUGAGAUUUUAAAAUCAUUUGGAACAUUUGUUCACCAUCAUGGGACGGUGUGUCGCGCGAAAUAAUUACGUCGAUAUCUCCAAGGUCAAGGUCACACUUUGAGUUCAAAGGUCAAAAAUGGCCAUAAAUGAGCUUGUCCUGGCCAUAACUAUGUCCUUCAUUGUGAGAUUUUAAAAUCAUUUGGCACAUUUGUUCACCAUCAUGGGACGGUGUGUCGCACGAAAGAAUCACGUCAAUAUCUCCAAUGUCAAGGUCGCCACGACUAAAAAUAGAUUUUUAAAAAAACAAACUUACAAAGGGGGUUAAUUUUGUUUGUUCAUUUCAAAAGUUCAGUUUGAGUUUUCUCCCUUUAUCAGAUUUUUUUUCACAAUGAAAACCUGGUUUUGUGACAAUUUUGUCCCUUGUUUCUAUUAUAUUUUAGCUGAGACAACAGUUUGAAGCCACAUCAGAAACCAACACUUAAUUGUUUUUUUGUUAAUUAUCAGCUUAUUAUAACUAUUGCUUUACUAUGCGUAUACUAUAUAAAGUUGUUUCAUUUUGUUUAUAUUAUACAGUUGAUAUCGCUAAUCAUUACCCGAUAAUCCAAGUUUUAAAGCAAAUUCCGGUAAAUAUUUACGAUAAAAGUGCUCAAGACACGCACACAUUAGCAAUUAUUCUUAAGUAUCAAAUACAUUUUGGCAUUUGUUACUAUUUAAAGAUGUGAUGAAAUAACAUCCAAUCAGGGCGUUUUUUUUCCACUGAACACGCAUAAAUCGCCUGACGUGAUGUACAUGGUUUUAUAUAUCACAAAAUACACCCAAACUUUCCAUGCGACGUUGUACAUGUCUGCAUAAUUUUCGUGCGCUAUAACUGUUAUCAAAUACAUUUACAUAUAUCUGUAUUUCUAAGAUCUGAAGUGAUUAUUAUGCCCCUCUUCGAAGAAGAGGGGGUAUAUUGUUUUGCUCAUGUCUGUCGGUCCGUCAAUCCGUCCACCAGAUGGUUUCCGGAUGAUAACUCAAGAACGCUUAUGCCUAGGAUCAUGAAACUUCAUAGGUACAUUGAUCAUGACUCGCAGAUGACCCCUAUUGAUUUUUAGGUCACUAGGUCAGAGUUCAAGGUGACUUGAACCAGUAAAAUGGUUUCCGGAUAAUAACUCAAGAACGCUUACGCCUAGGAUCAUGAAACUUCAUAGGUACAUUGAUCAUGACUGGCAGAUGACCCCUAUUGAUUUUGAGGUCACAAGGUCAAAGUGACUCGAACCAGUAAAAUGGUUUCCGGAUGAUAACUCAAGAACGCUUACGCCUAGGAUCAUGAAACUUCAUAGGUACAUUGAUCAUGACUCGCAGAUGACCCCUAUUGAUUUUCAGGUCACAUGGUCAAGGUCACAGUGACUCUAAAUAGUUAAAUGGUUUCCGGAUGAUUACUCAAGAAUGCUUACGCCUAGGAUCAUGAAAAUUCAUAGGUUCAUUGAUCAUGACUGGCAGAUGACCCCUAUUAAUUUUCAGGUCACUAGGUCAAAGGUCACAGUGACUCGAAACAGUAAAAUGGUUUCCUGAUAACUCAAGAAUAAUUAGGCCUAGGAUAAUGAAACUUCAUAGGUAUAUUGAUCAUGACUGGCAGUUGACCCCUAUUGAUUUUUAGGUCAAAGGUCAAGGUCACAGUGACAGAAAACAGAUUCACACAAUGGCCGCCACUACUACUGAAAGCCCAUAUGGGGGGCAUGCAUGUUUUACAAACAGCCCUUGUUUUUAUGUUACAGCUCUGUAAUUGUGGACAUUGUAUUUGUAUAAUACCAUACAUAAUUCAGUUCUUGAUAGUAACAUUUAAACCUUUAAAGAAAGUUUAAUAAAUAAAUUAAAAAAAUAAUGUUAUAACAAAAUGUAGAUUACUAUACACUCAAUUCUUUGUAAAUAAAUGAUAUGCACUGAUGCAUUUGCAUCUUGUCAACUGGUGGAAACGUAACAAUUUCACUAUCCAUGUUACAUGUGAAAUAGAUAUACCGGUUUUGCUGAGCACAAACACAGCUUACUAUGAUGUUUAGAAAAUUGCCUAGUUGUUGCUUAUGACCAUUCCCUUGUACAAUUUUAAAGUUGAUAUGGUCUUAUAAAUGGGCCUUCUAAUACAGUGUGUGAUAUAUAUUUUUAUGUAAUUAGCAAAUAAAUUAUGUAAACACAAUAAAUUAUCGCUAACAA